AUGCCAAGUGACUGUCGGGACUGUUUGGGGAUUCGUUUUCGAAUUAACACCCUGCACCAGACCUGGAAGUGGCUGCAUCAGACUAUCGCCUUACACGAAUACCUGAUCUCCCUCUCGUCGGCUGAUACUGACGCCUGUUGCUCAAUGCAUUAG